AUGGUAGCUUCAAUCCUCCUUCAAGGCGGCACAGUCUUAACUCAUGAUAAACACGAUCACGUGCAUGCCGCCAAAGCAGAUCUCCUGAUUGAAGGAAAUCUUAUCAAGAAGAUCGAAUCCGGCUUAAGUCCUUUUCCGGGGACUCAGGUUGUCGAUUGUACCGACAAAAUUAUAUCUCCCGGCUUCAUAGAUACACAUCACCACGUUUGGCAGACCCUGCUCAAGGGACGUCAUGCGAAUCACACGUUGGUCGAAUAUUUUGGUCCUGGUGAGCAACACUCUAUUGAUAUGAAGAGCAGAAACUUUGCCGCUUCUGUGCACAGCCCGAAAGAUAUUUUCUGGGGAGAGCUGGGCGGUGCUUUAGAGUGCCUGGAUGUUGGAACUACAACCGUGGUUGAUCAUGCAUCUGUCAAUAUAUCCGCUGACCAUAGCAAAGCAGCAAUCGCCGCAACCGUCUCUUCAGGAAUCAGAUCCAUCUUCGGAUACUGCCCCAUCGCCCCAGUUGAGAAUUGGAAACCCUUUACCCUGGGUCAAAACCUGCUCGCCGAAUGGGUCCUCAAAACACUUGAAGAGCUUGGUUUGAAAUCUCCAUUCGGAAACGGCCGAGUACAGCUUGGGCUCGCAUUCGAUGGUACUUACCUUCCUAAAGAAGUCCUCAUGAAUCUCUUCUCUAAAGCAAAAGCAGCUGGCGUCAAAAUAAUCACAACACACUAUGUCCGCGCCGCAGUCCCUUCCCAAGCACAACUGAAAGCCAUCGAAACCCUUCAUUCGCACGGCCUCCUCGAUUCCUCGAUUCUCUUCUCCCACGGCUCUAACAUGGAUCCCGACGAAGCAGCCUUGCUUUUAAACACCAACAGCCACGUAUCGGUCACGCCAUCCACAGAGCUGCAGAUGGGCCACGGCGAGCCCGUCGCGUUCCAAUCAAAACUAGGUAUCCAGUCCCACUGCUCGCUUGGCAUAGACUGCCACUCCAACAACACCGCUUCCAUCCCCGGCGAAAUGCGGCUCCUGCUACAAAGCGCGCGUGGUACAUACAACCAGCCGUUUCUGACCCAGAGCAAAGUGCCCGCUAAGGUGUACAAGACCGUCGAAGAGGCGUUCAACCUCGGCACGAUUAAUGGUGCGAGGGCGAUUGGCAUGGACGAUCAAAUCGGCUCGCUUGCUGUGGGCAAACUGGCUGAUCUUGUCGUGUUUGAUGCGAGCUCUCCCAGUAUGGUUUGUGGUGCGCAGCAUGACGCUGUUGCGGCCGUGGUGCUGCACAGUAGUCCGGGGGAUAUCGAGAUGGUGGUUGUGGAUGGCGUGGUGCGGAAGCAGGGGACGAGAUUGAGUGCUGUUGAUGUCGCGGCUGGUCGUGGGCUGUGGGCUGGUGAGGAAAGGGAUAUACUUGAGUGGGCUGAUGUUGCGCGGAUUUUGGUGGAGAGGCGGGAAGUGCUACAGGAAACUCUAGAGAAGAUCGAUUAUGAUGAAGCGAAGGCUGGAGUUAUCAGAGCGUUCUAUGUGAAUGAGAGGAAUAUUGUGGAUAGCUUAUAA